CGUUCGUUAGCGGGCAAACUCCGCAUCAUCCGGGGAAGUCUGGAUGCCAAUCCAUGGCCUUGCGAUACCCUCGGCUCAAUGCUGAAGGCUGAGGGCAUCUAAGCGGCCAUAUAACCGAGAAUGUCUCCCCGCUUGUGUUUCCCCAGGGGGACGACUUUCUCCGAUGUCUACUACUGCACUCACAUCCGAUGGCCGACCUGUCAAGAAGCGACGCGCUCCGAUCGCGUGCACCGCGUGCCAUGCCAGAAAAGUCCGCUGCAAUGUUGUCCUUGUCGGCCAGCCUUGCUCCAACUGCCAGCAAGACCAGACUGAAUGUGCGUUGCACGUUUCUGCGAGAGGUAAACACAAACGGCGAAAGCUGAACAAAAGUGUACACGCCCGCUCUGUUACGCCUGCUUCGUUGUCUUCAGCUGAGCCGACUACGGAUGCCCAAAAUCCCCCCACAGCCACCACUGAUCUUGCAGACCCAAACCACUCGAUCAGUCCACCAUCAGAACCUCCAUCGCGGGAUGAGUAUGAGUCCAAGGCAAAUGUGGAAGCUUACAGGAAUAUUGUCGAUGCGGUUGAGACGAGCGGAGCCAAGGUGCCGCUUUAUGUCGGCGAGCUUCAAUCGCUUCGAUUCAUAUUCCAUGUCGCGAGAGACAAGAGCAUCGCCUCCAAGGCUCAUUACCUAGUCCCUCAGCCCAAGAGGCGGCAAUUAUCACCAGAAGAAUACGCGUGCUUACAGGCCAAGGGGGCAUUCUCAACCGAGUCGGAUGAUCUGAGGGACGAGCUCCUUGGCUUGUUUUUUGAUUAUGUCUAUCCAAUCUUGCCGAUUGUUGACCCCUACGAUUUUCGUCGUCGAUACGAGGCCGGCGGUGUCCAAAGCAUCAGUCCGCUCUUGCUCCAGAGCAUGUUUCUUGCUGCAAGCAAUUUUAUCUCGACAGAUGGGCUGAAAAGGUCGGGGUGGCCGUCGCUCAUGCACAUGAAGAGAAGAUUCUAUGAGAGAGCCAAGGCACUCUAUGACUUCGAGUACGAAACGGACAAGAUAUGCCUGAUCCAAUCAGUCUUACUGCUUGGCUAUUGGCUGGGACAAGCCCACGACAGGACCGACAGCUGGCAUUGGGUGGGCGUAGCAAUCAGCCUGAGCCAGAGUGUCGGCCUCCACCGCGAUCCGGGCUUUUCAGACGUGCCCCCGUCUCAACGCAGCUUAUGGAGAAGAAUCUGGUGGUGUUGCUUCUACCGGGACAGAUGCAUCGCGUUGGGAAUGGGACGGGCGUUCCGCAUCAACGCCAAAGACUGUGACGUGAAGGAGCUUACACUCGAAGACUUAGUGCACCCCACGGCCGACCCUUCAUCAUCGGCGUCCAGCUCAUUCCUAAACUUGAAUGCGGAAAGCGCAGCCAUAGUGGCCAAGUGCAACAGCUACGCCCCCGUAUUCCUGGAGAUUGUCAGAUUAAGUCAGAUCCUGGGCGAAGUGCUUGCGUCGGUGUACAGGCCACGGAGAGAGCCGAUGUCCUGGAGCGCGGUGGAGUUGCUCGAAGACAAGCUCGCUCGCUGGCAAGUGGCCAUGGACCCGCGGUGUCGAGUUGACACGCCGUUUACCGCUUUAAACGAGCCCAUCGCCAUGACAUUGCACAAACACUACAUUCAGAUCCUUCAUCACGUCACGGUGGUCACCAUGUACAAGCCCUUCGUUUUCCAAGACGGCUUGCUCCCGACCCGGCCUGAAAGCGACAUCCGCGCACGGAUCGCAUGGGAAGGAUGCCAGUUAUCGGCAUUCGCAGCAACAGACGGCUUCCGAAAACUCAGCGAGCUUGACCUCGUUCGGUUUUUACCUCCUGAAAGUGUCACCAUGCUCAUCUCCAUCAUCGCGAUUCUCUUCGUGGCAAAAUGCCUGUCGACGGGCAUGAAAUGGCACCUGGCAAGCCAGAACCUCGACCUCGCCAUGCUGGUCGUCCAGCAGCUACAGGAAAAGUACCUGGCCGCCCGGUUUAUUUUUGCAUACUACACGGCGGCGUUUGAGAAGGUGGCACCCUCCCAGAGACCGCUACUGGACGCCGCGUCGGCGUCGGCAUCGACAUCUUCCAACCUGCCGGCGGUUUCGUACUCCAAUGCAUUUCCGAACUUGGCAGCGGCUCCGACUACCGCCAAUAUUGCCACCGUGGACAAUGUCCCGAGAAUGUAUGACAGAGGCGUCGACGGCCGCGGUGGCCCCAGCACCACCAGCCCGUUCAACGCAGUCGAGUCCUUUUCCUCGGGACAGGACGACCAUCUAGGCAAUUGGGCGGAGUGUUUCCCCGCGAGCAUGGCUGCGGAUUUUGAUAUCCUGUUCGGAGCGGAGGGGAUCAUGAGGGGGUUUGAGGAACUUGUUUGAGCAAUACUGUUUGAGAGAGCACAAGGGCUGUGGACAAGUUGGAGGGAUGUGACUGUUCUUGGUAGACGACGUCCUUUUGGCUGUGCUAUGG